AUGAGUGAAAUGGUUGAGCUGGAACGGUUAAUCAACUGUACCCAAACAUGCAUUCAGCGGUUUCCGUGGUCAACGGAAUACAAUGCCACGGUGAUCGGUGAGUUUAACAGGAGCGAAAUACUCGAUGUGCUGGGGGAGAUGAUUAUGCGGGCCAGAAGCCGACCGUCGACGGGAACUGAUUCGAUGACAUUGAGGGAGUUCAUCACCGAGUGCCUGUUCCCGUCGACGAAGAGUCCCUACGAGCUACCCUGGCAGCAGAAGAUGGCCUGGGGAGUGGUGUUCGGUGCAAUGCUACUGGUGGCCAUCACCGGGAACUGUAUCGUGCUGUGGAUCGUUUUAGCCCAUCGACGAAUGCGGACCGUCACCAACUACUUCCUGCUGAAUCUCAGUGUAGCCGAUCUGCUGAUGUCGUCACUGAACUGUGCGUUCAAUUUUAUCUUCAUGCUUAACUCGGAUUGGCCUUUCGGAGCGGUUUACUGCACCAUCAACAACUUCAUGGCCAACAUGUCGGUGGCGUCGUCCGUGUUCACACUGGUGGCCAUCUCACUGGAUCGAUACAUUGCAAUCAUGCAUCCGCUGCGGCACCGAACGUCUCGAAAGAAGGCUCGCCUCUUCCUGCUUAUCAUCUGGGUGCUUAGUUGUGUUCUGGCUGCGCCUUGCUUGAUGUACUCAACCGUAAUGACGAAACGUUACCACAACGGAAAAACGAGAACCGUUUGUUAUAUGCUGUGGCCGGAUGGACGCUAUCCGACCUCGAUGGCAGAUUAUAUCUACAAUCUGGUGUUCCUGGUGCUAACCUAUGGCAUCCCGAUGCUAAUCAUGAUCGUGUGCUACUCGCUGAUGGGCCGAGAAUUGUGGGGUAGUCGGUCGAUUGGGGAACACACCGAGCGCCAGCUGGAAUCGAUGAAAUCGAAAAAGAAGGUUGUCCGUAUGUUUAUCAUCGUGGUCACCAUCUUCGCUAUCUGCUGGCUGCCCUAUCAUCUGUUUUUUGUGUACGCUUAUCACAACAACCAGAUAACAUCGUCCAGCUACGUGCAGCAGCUGUACCUGGGCUUCUACUGGCUGGCCAUGUCCAAUGCGAUGGUCAAUCCCAUCAUCUACUACUGGAUGAAUGGCAGGUUUCGAGUGUACUUCCAGGAGAUCAUAUGCUUCUGCUGCCUGCAGCUUAUCAACACACGCAUGAAGGACGGUGGUCCACCGGGUGUGCUGUUCCACAAGAAUUCAAACUCCGAACUCGGCCGGUACCGAUCCUACCGUCAGCGAUCGUUCUCGGUACGGUGGCGACCGCAGUAUCACAGUGCCGAAGAAUUCCGGCUACAGCCGGGGCCAGCAGCUCCAGUGCAGAACCACCGGAACCAUUUGUCGCACGCCGGACCCUGCCGCACGAUGGUCAGCGUGGUUAACGCAUUGGACAACAACAACAAACAGCUACAGCAGCAGCAGCAGCAGCACCAACAGAAUCCGCAAGUGUUACGCGACUCGACCGCAAUGGGACCGGGUGGGAUGGCGACCGACAUCACCGAACUGCAGGCGCUUAAUUUUCUGCCCCGGUUGCCCAGUUCAUCGCAGGACCUUUCCCGGCACCGGGACCAUUCGUCCAGCAGCCAUGCCAGCCACGAAUACUCCUGA